AUGGGCCCCUCGCUGUUUUCUCUAUCCGCGGCCGCGGCGCUGCCGCAGUGGCUCGGUAUCAGGGACGUUGCGCCGCGGGCAGCGGUCGCUGAGAUGAACCUGACUAUGAGCCUACCGACCUGCGCUGCUCCGUGUCUGGCCUCGGCCGCUGCGAAUGCGACAUGCACCGCGACGGAUCUCGCGUGCAUAUGCUCCAACCCGGCGCUACAGGAUGCUGCCAGGGAUUGCGUUCAAGCCAGAUGCCCAUUCUCUGAUGUGCUUGCAGCCAUAAAUGUCACCCAAACGGCCUGCGGCGCGCCUGUGCGGGACAAGACGUCGCAGAUAAACGAUACCAUCAUCCCCCUGGGCGUUGUCACGCUCGUCAUCGUCAUUGUGCGCCUCGUCUUCAAGCGCUUCUUCAGCACCACCGCGCGGCUCGGCUCCGAUGACUGGGCCAUCGCCGGCACCGUGGCCAUCUGUAUCGCUGGCAUGGUCAUCGGCAUCGAUGGCCUAACGGCCAAUGGCAUAGGAAAAGACGUCUGGACUCUGACGACAAAGGAGGUCUCGAAUGUCGCUCUCUACCUCUAUAUCCUAGAGAUACUCUACUUUGCUGGCAUGUCGCUCAUCAAGCUCAGCCUCUCCCUGUUCUACCUGCACAUCUUCUCGGGGCCUAUUGUGCGGAAACUGCUAUGGGCUACCGUCGUGUUCAACAUCCUAUAUGGAUUCGCGUUUGUCCUUGCGGCCAUUUUCCAGUGCUCGCCUAUCGAUUAUUACUGGCGACGCUAUCUCGAUGCCGGGCACGGAACGUGCGUCAACAUCAACAUCUUUGGCUGGCUGAACGCGGCCAUCGGCGUCGCCAUCGACCUGUGGAUGAUUGGCCUUCCGCUCAGCCAGGUGAUUCCGCUGCGGCUGCACUGGAAGAAGAAGAUUGGCGUGGCUAUAAUGUUUCUGCUGGGCACUUUCGUCACGGUCGUGUCGAUCCUACGGCUGCAGUCCCUCAUACUGUUCGCCAACUCGAAUAACCCGACGUGGGAUCAAUGGGAGACGGCGUACUGGUCCAUCAUCGAAGUCAACGUCGGCAUGAUAUGCACGUGUCUGCCGUCGCUGAGGCUCAUCCUCGUCCGUCUGUUCCCCAAGAUCUUCGGCUCGUCCAGAAGGGCGUCGUAUGAGAAGGGCAACAGGGAGCCGGCGGCAAGCAAGGCCGGGCACCAUGUCGCGAUUGAUUUGCAAGACCCUGGGUGGCACACUCCCACCGGCGGCGAACACGCGAGCACGACUCAAGACCGUAUAUGGGGGACAUGA